UACAACUACACAUACAACAAUUGCACCACCCUUCCCCGCAGUUCCCCAUGGCCACUUCUUUUUCUUGCUUCCUUGACAUCUCAAUUCUAGUAGUGUUCUUCUCACUCCCCUCGCUUACUGGUGCGAGGCUCCUGUAUGCGGACAAGAACACCCUCAAUGACAGCAAGUCUUUCUCCAUCGGGGGUGGCAGAGGCAAGGGUGGCGGCCGAGGUUUCGGCGUGAGUAUCAGACAUGGCGGGCAUGACACCUCCAUCGCUAUAGGUGGCGGACUGGGAGGUGGAGCUGCGACUAACCAUGGUGGUGGCACGAGCGUAGGCGGUGGAGCAGGUGCAGGCAUUGGCAUCGAUAUAGGGCAUGGUGGAGUGGAUGUAGGGAUAGGUGGGGGUGGAGGGGGAGCGGCUAGCACCGGCGGUGUGCAUGCAGGGGGUGGCGGUGGAGGUGGCAUCGGAGUUCACAUAGGCCAUCGUGGGGUUACUAUAAGCGCCGGAGGUGGGGGCGGUGCUGGUGUUGGUGCUGGUGGAAGUGGAGGAGGUGAAGGCGGUGGUAGCGGUGUUGGUCGUGCUGGUAAUGCUGUGGGUGGUGGGGGAGGGUAUGGCAGUGCAAACGGCGGUAACGGAAGCGGAGGAGGUACCGGAGUCGGGUCAGCUGGUGGAAAUGCAGGCGGUGGCUCUGGAAAUGGUGGUGUAAUCCAUGGUUGAUUGGUUUGUUAAUUUGAGAAGGAAAUAUGCAUAUAGCAUAUUUUAGUUUGGUAAUGAAAUACUAAU